AUGGCCAAGGAGGCGGCUCGUGGCCGGAGCGAGGCACGGCGACGGCAGCGGUCGGUUCAGACGGCGCAACAGACACGGGCGGCUCAGCUUGGAGCAAGCGACCGCGACUCAACCGAACCACCGGCGCCGCCGCCGCCGAUGGAUCUGGUCCCGCCCGUCUCCGACUACCCCAGUCCCACCGCCGCCCGCGCCAGGAUGUCGGUACCGGGGUACGACGUCAUGUUCGGGAAGCUCUCCCGCCGCGGCCUCUUCGAUGACUACUUCAUGCAGCGCGGGGGCAUCGACACACGCUUCGUGCUCAAGGCCAAGGAAGAUCCUCGCCUUCAGCUGGCCGCCACCAUUUCUACAAGUGGCGACAUGGAGGCCCAGUUUCGGUGGCACAGGGAUCUGGAUAUUCCCCACACAUUCGUGGACCUGACUGCGUCAGCUUCAGAACCCAUGUUGCGGCUAAGAUCAUGUGCUUACUAUCCAAAGUAUGGUAUUGGCGCCUUUGGAACAUUCCCUUUCCUUAUGACAAACAGGGUGCGUUCGGAAGACUACGGUGUCAUGGGUUUAAGAUACGGUUCAAAGAAUCUGUCGAUUGGAGCGUCUUUUCUACCAUUUGCUUUAUCUGGUGAGGUACCCUAUAGUGCAUGGUUGGUCGGGAGAAGAGGAAGUUUAAGUGCAGGGGUCCAAUAUAAGCCACUUAGUGGAAGCAAGCAUCCUGUGCCGUUUACAGACCCAAUGAACUGGAAUUGUGCAAUCAGUUAUGGCAUGGGAUCAGAUAGCCCACUCAGCCCUUCACUCAAUUUUGCCCUAGAGCUUGUCAGAAAUACACAGCUGGUUGCAUCAUUUUAUCGGAACCAUGUUGUGGGCUGCACGGUAAGGGUAGUUAUAUUUCAUUUAUUACCAUAGAUGUUUAACUUCUACUUUACCAAAUUACCUAUGCAAUUCUUCUAACAUCCGUUGAAAGUUCGUUUAGAGACUCAAUAAAAUAAUUAUGGAUCUUGAAUUGUCAUAUGCAAUUAUUCUGUUUAAACGUCUGGAUUUACAUUGUGUGUGUCCCUACCUGCAGGAAGGAAAUACUGAAUACGACUUCAUUAGUCUGACAAACUCCAUUGAUCUUGGGCUUGAGCUGGCCAAAAGGUAAAC